GUGUGCGUGCGUGUGUGUGUGUGUGUGUGUAGUUACCAUUACCAUUUUAUUAUGUGUGUGUCUUAUAUUACAGCCAUGCUGAACAUCAGCGGCCAGAGAGAGAGGAGAAGGGAGGAAAAGCCUGUUUACACAGACUGCAAACCGCCUGGGGAAUAGUGCAGUAAAGGAAGUGAGCCGGCUCUCUGUCUGACUGCUCCAACUUCCUGCUCUCUCUCUCACACACACACAGCAGAAAAAAAGAGAGAGAGAGAGAGAGAGAGGGAGAGAGAGAGGAAGAGAGGAAAGAGAGAGAGUGAAAGAGCGAAAGAAAAAAAGGGGGAAAAAGCAGGAUCUCAUUACAACAGAAACAGACCGUUCGCAGACGCCUGUCAGCAUGGAAAAUCAGGGGAUUUUACUUAGUUCCUCUUAAAAUAUUACCCAGCAGAAGAAUUGGUUAAAGCUCAUCCGACAUCUGGGUAUGGAGAGUGCAAUCACACUGUGGCAGUUCCUGUUGCAGUUGCUGCUGGACCAGAAGCAUGAGCACUUAAUCUGUUGGACUUCCAAUGAUGGUGAAUUCAAACUCCUUAAGGCAGAAGAAGUGGCCAAACUGUGGGGACUACGGAAGAACAAGACGAAUAUGAACUACGAUAAGCUGAGCCGCGCCCUGCGGUACUACUACGAUAAGAACAUCAUCAAGAAGGUGAUCGGCCAGAAGUUCGUGUACAAGUUCGUCUCCUUCCCGGAGAUCCUCAAGAUGGACCCUCACGCGGUGGAGCUGAGUCGGGAGAGCCUCCUGCUGCAGGAGGCCGAGUGCAAGGCGCCGGCCGAGGCCCGGGAGCCGCACAAGCACGCGCUGUCGGCCCUCAAAAGCGCCAGCCGCAACGAGUACCUGCACUCGGGCCUCUACUCCUCCUUCACCAUCAACUCGCUGCAGAACCCGCCAGAGACUUUUAAGCCCAUCAAAAUGGAGAAGCUGGAGGAGCCGCUGGACGGGGGCGCUCCUCCGGUGGACGAGGUCAGGACGGUCAUCAGGUUUGUGACUAAUAAGACGGAGAAGUCCAUGAUGAGGCCCGUGGUGACUCUGCCGUCCACCUCGGAGGCCGCGGCCGCCUCGGCCUUUUUGACCUCGUCCGUCUCGGCCAAGAUCUCCUCCCUGAUGCUGCCCGGCGCGGCCAGCGUUUCCUCCGCCUCCCCGGCCUCCUCCCGCUCCCCUUCCCUGUCGCCCGCCUCCCCGCUCCCGUCCGACCCCAGAGGCCUCUUCCUCGAGUCCGCCUGCCGGGAUUCGGACUCUCUGGAGCCCCUGAAUCUGUCCUCGGGCUCCAAGACAAAAUCUCCAUCUCUCCCCCCAAAGGCUAAAAAACCCAAAGGUCUGGAAAUCUCCGCCCCGCCGCUGGUCCUGUCCAGCAGCGACAUCGGCUCCAUCGCCCUCAACAGCCCCGCCCUCCCCUCGGGGUCCCUCACUCCGGCCUUCUUCACAGCACAGAGUCCAAAUGGCUUGCUGCUGACGCCCAGCCCGCUGCUGUCUAGCAUUCACUUCUGGAGCAGCCUGAGCCCCGUGGCCCCCCUGAGUUCUGCCCAGCUGCAAGGACCCAACACUUUGUUCCAGUUUCCAACUCUGCUCAACGGCCACAUACCAGUGCCAAUCCCCAGCCUGGAUAGAGCCUCUUCCCCAGGACUGCUUUCUUCAAAUGCUCAGAAAUCCUGAUGAUCUCUCUGUAUAAAAGGACUCAUUAAUUGAUAUAAGAAAUCCACCCCAAUGGGCUAAUUUUCCUGUGUCGUGACAAGGACAUUGUGAAACCCUGUUACUUUGGUUUGCACUUUCCAUUACUUGGAUAGUCUAGUUUGUUGAGUUAGCAUUUU